CAAAGUCAAAGAGUAUUCCUGUUUUUAGAUAACAGUCACGCUUAUCAUUUUACUGUUCAAUAUUCAUUCAUACAGUCAGUUACUCAAAUAUUAGCAUUGUAUUUGGAUAACACGUGCACAAAAUACACCAUUAAAAUAUUCGUCAUCAAUCCUUCCAUGGUGAUUGCAUUUAAGGUGUUUACUUUAAACUGUGGUCAACAACACACACCUUUCAAGUGAUAUCUCAGUGACCAACUUUGUAUUUUCUUAUCUUUGGGUUUUACUCUUGAUGUUUUGUUAACAGGGUGGGAAACAUUAAUUUGUCGUGUAUCAGAGACUCGGGCAGAAACUGUUAAGAGUGAAACCAACCAGGACGUUGAUCCAUUAAAGUUUAUUCAAGAUGAAAAACAGUAUUGAACACUUAAAUAAUGCUUCGCACGAAGAUAAAACUGCACAGGCAACUCUGAAAUUGUCAGAGUCACAGGACUUCACAGACAAGGCAAAUACCAUAGAUUUGCCGAUAGAAUUGGAUGAAACUACCCUCUUGAACAAGAACAGUGAGAGCAAUGAACCGACCCGAAAGCAUCAUCAUAAACUCUGGAAGAUAUGUGCCUGCCCACCACAAGGAAUCAUUGCCAGCGUACUAACAAAGGUGAUUAUGAUGAUCCUGCUGUGGGCUGUUGUCUGGUCAAUUACGGGACCAGAGUGCCUCCCUGGUGGUAAUUUAUUUGGAAAUCUGAUUCUAUUUAUCUGUGCAGUUCUGGGAGGGAAGCUGGUUGGAAUGAUCAAAUUCCCGAAUUUGCCUCCACUACCACCUCUUCUAGGAAUGCUACUUGCUGGAUUUGCUCUCCGAAAUAUUCCCGUUGUCAGUGAAGCAAUUUACAUUGACUACAAGUGGUCAUCAUCCUUGAGAAGUAUAGCGCUUGCGAUUAUUCUUACCCGAGCCGGACUUGGGUUGGACGCAAAGGCUCUUCGGAAGUUGAAGGCUGUGUGCCUGAGGCUGGCAUUUGGCCCUUGUCUUAUGGAAGCUGGUGUUUGUGCUGUUCUUGGACACUACCUACUGAAGCUGCCCUGGGCUUGGAGUUUUAUUCUGGGGUUUGUAAUUGGUGCAGUUUCGCCUGCUGUGGUGGUCCCAUGCAUGUUGCUACUGCAGAAAGAACGCUAUGGUGUUGAGAAGGGAAUCCCAACACUACUAAUGGCCGCAGGCAGCUUUGAUGAUAUCCUGGCCAUUACAGGCUUCAACACGUGUCUGGGGAUAGCCUUUUCUUCAGGUACCAUGAUUUCCAAUAUACUCCGGGGAUUCCUUGAAGUUCUCAUUGGCAUGGCAGCUGGAGCUGCUAUUGGAUUGUUCCUUCGGUAUUUUCCUAGCCGGGAUCAGGAAGAUCUUGUGAUGAAGCGUUCCUACCUCCUCCUGGGUUUGGCUGUGUUUGCAAUCUUUGCUACAGGACUCUUUGGUUUCCCUGGUUCUGGAGGGCUCUGUACCAUUGUCAUGGCCUUUCUUGCAGGAGUCGGAUGGGUGGAUGGCAAGGGAGGAGCGGAAGGUGUCACUGCCAACGCCUGGGCCAUUUUUCAGCCAUUGCUGUUCGGACUGAUUGGAGCAGAAAUAUCUGUCACCUCUUUAAAUCCAUAUACAGUAGGCCUGGGAAUCGCCACUCUCUGCGUAUCUCUUGUAGUCAGAAUCUUCGUAACAUUUUUAAUGGUACACUGCUCUGGAUUUAACAUGAAGGAAAAAGUUUUUAUUUCCUUGGCUUGGGUUCCCAAAGCAACGGUUCAGGCUGCCAUCGGGUCUGUGGCUUUGGACAUGGCGCGGAUCCGCAAUGAGAAGACGGCGGUGGAGUACGGGAUGUGCGUUCUGACCGUGGCCUUUCUGGGUAUCCUGAUCACCGCUCCCAUCGGAGCCGUCAUCAUCGGCCUGCUGGGUCCAAAGCUGCUGCAGAAAGAGAGGGAGCAAGGAGCAGAUGAUGCAGGUACAGAAUCACGGACUGUUUUAACAAGUGAUCCUGGAGAAGGGAUAGAAAACGACAUUGAGGUCUGAAACGCUCACCUGUUGUCCGACUAUUCUUCCAAAACAUUGUCUGCUUAGAGUUUGAACUCAGAUUUGAUUCCUGGAAAUAGUUCUGAAGACACUGGAGGAAAUGGGUUUUAAAAUGCUUUUUUUAAUUAACGGUUGUACAUUACGUAGAUUUAUUUUUUAAAGAAACAAUCAAAAUAUACAAAAAAGCAUAUUUGAGCCUUGUGUGGAAAUCAACCGUUUAGCGUUGUUCUUGACAUAAUGGUUGCGUUGUGCAAUGAUCUUGAUACUACUGUUACCAGGGUUGGUGUCAGUAUUUUGCAGCGUCCCUAGGCAUUAUACCUUGGCCAGGAGGUCAAUGUGGGCUUGAUCACAGUCCGUUCCUCAUUCAAUUCCCUCUCACGGGUGAGUUGCUGAAGGCAGCAUGGUGGAGCCUGAUGCUCAGGUCUGCCCAGCGCCACUGAUGGGCUGCCCUAGACUGGAGCUGACUGUAGGGAUAAGAUGGGAGCUGUGGUCUGAUGCCUGACAUACCCCACUGGAUGUAACCCAGGCUGCUCCUGCUUUAAAUAGCUUAGGCUCUGUGGCAGUGAGCACAACACCCUCUCCACAGCACCCCCAAUUCCGUUAGCCCUUGCUGUCUCCUCCCCUUCUCAGCUCUCCCUCACCCUCGGGCUCCUCCUCUUCAUUUUUCCUUUCUUCUCUCCCCCCCGAUUCAAAACGUUGCCUAUUUCCUACGCUCCAUAGAUGCUGCUGCACCCGCUGAGUUUCUCCAGCACUUUUGUCUACCUUCGAUUUUCCAGUAUCUGCAGUUCCUUCUUAAAUGCUUCAUCCCUUUCUGCCUCUGCAGGGUAACUGUGAUUGAGAUCCUCCUGGGGAGGCUGAGAACGAGGCCUCGGUGGUGGACUUCCUCAUGGUGCUUCCCUCUUUGUAUACGGGUUGAGUUUACAGCAACAUGUUUACACUCAGGGACAUGCUGAUGUAAAUAAUGUUGUAAAGUCCCUGAUUCCCUUUCCUUGAAUGCAUUAUCUGUAGAUGCCUUCACAGAUUACCUUAUGUACAAAGGCCAAGCAAUAAUCAAAGCUGAAAGAUUUUGAAGCUCUGAUAAAGUUUCCACCUUGAGAGCUCAUCGUGAAAUGUUCAGUCAGUUACAGCAAUGACUGAUCUAUUGAGCAGUCCAUUGCCUUAAAGCUGAGUGAAAUUAGUUUGAUGAGUCACAUUGAAAGCACCAAUGUAUACAGCAUCAUGCAAAACAUCCCCGGGUCACCAGUAAAUCUUUUUGGAAACCAAAGAUGAUCCCGGGUUCACUCUACACGGAAUCUGGGCUGACAGAAGGCAGGGCAGAGCUCGCUGUGUGACAUCAGCCCUGGAUCUCAACAGAUCAUCAGUAAAACAUGCACACUUUGUUAUUUAUUUAGGAAACACUUCUAUACAACUGUGCCAUGUGUAACAGUUGAGGCAGAUACUACUGAUGCUAGAUAAACACAACAAAGGCCAGAGAAUUAUGUGGGAUGCGGGAACAUCAGAGAUGGUUAAUGUAGAACAAAGAGUUGACAGGGAUCUGUGUAAGAAGGAACUGCAUAUGCUGGUUUAAACCGAAAAUAGACACAAAAAGCUGGACAGACAGCAUCAUUGGAGAGAACUCAUUCCUUCUCUCCAGAGAUACUGCGUGUCCUGCUGAGUUACUCCAGCUUUUUGUGUCUGUCUUUGGUUGACAGGGAUCUGUUGGACCAAGUGGCUCAUGUUUACAAAAGUAAAAUAAAGAUUUCAAAUCAUUUUGUUUUACAAAGAGGAAGUCUCAGGAGGUGAUUGAAUUAACUUGUAGGAGUGCCACAAUAGGUCAGGCACUCACUACAAUGAAGAGUUCAAGAGUCAUGGAGGACAUUUUACACAAAACAUGCUAAACCUGUGAAAGGUAUUAAAGUAUCAUUGCUUCUGGAUGUUUGCAUUGAUUGAAUUUUAAAUGUUCCUAAAAGUUGUUAUGUAUUUAGAAAUGGUUUGUACGCUAACGUUCCUUUAAUAUUGGAAUAAGCAUUCAUUUGCUUUGUACAUGACAUAGCAUAAAUAAGGUUGAUGGUUUUGAUAGAAAAUUCCACCAAAUGUACAUUUUGUAAUUCACGUUUACUUUGGUAAUAACAAUAAAAUGCCAGACAAAAAAACAAAACGUUUUCUUGUUUUGGUAGACAAAACUCUCCCUAAA